AUCCAUUGAUAACUAAACUAACAAACUAGAGUCGGGCACGAUAUAUCCCACAAGGCUGGCUGGCUGACAGGCAGGCAGUCAGACACGCAGGAAACAAUCAAAACCAUCCAUCCUCUCUAUUCCUUUCUCCCUCUUUCACUAUCAUUACCACCCAUUUUUGAGCCCAUUUCUUCCCUUUCAAAGGGAUACUUUGAGACCUGAAAGGAGAACAACAAUGAAGGUGUACGAGGAGAGUGGUUGCUUUGAUCCUCACUCCAUCCCAGAUUGUCAGGAACUGAUGGGGUUGCCAGGGACCACCCCCACCAACUGUCACAACAGUUUGGAAGACACCCUUAAUGUCUCUUCUUACAAUCACCAUCACCAUGAGGAUGCCUCCGCCGCCUUGGAUAUGGAACCCCACCAACACUACUUGCUUGAUAAUACUACCAACAGUCAUUCCCAUUUGAUUCCCUAUCUAACUCAGGACCUUCCUUAUGAUCAGUCCCAUUGGGAAAGUUUCAAUGUGCUGCCAUCUUCUUCAUCCCCAGAAGCCGCUGCUGCCGCCGCCUCCGCCGCCGCCGCCGCCGCCGCCGCCGGUGCUUACACUCCUACACCUGACCUUCUCAGCCUUUUCCAUUUACCUAGAUGCUCUUUCCUCCCUAAUCCCUCCAUUUCCUUUGAAACCACACCUGGCUCCCCUUCUGUUGUGUACGACCCACUUUUCCAUCUCAACCUGCCUCCUCAACCUCCUGUUUUCAGGGAGCUGCUGCAGUCUCUGCCGCAUGGCUACACCGUUCCAGCUGAUGACAAAGAUGCCGCUGGGGUUGGAGGACUUUAUCAUGAUGGGGACAAUGGCAUAAUUCAGUUCACCAGGGACAUCUCUAUGGCAGGCCGUGCCAAAGACAGGGAUAAAGCUGGCAAAACUACCAAACACUUUGCCACUGAGAGAGAAAGGAGAGUCCAUCUAAAUGACAAGUACCAGGCUUUAAGGACAAUGGUCCCUAGUCCCACCAAGAAUGAUAGAGCAUCCAUAGUUGGAGAUGCUAUAGACUACAUCAAGGAACUUCUUGGAACUGUUCGUGAGCUUCAAAUACUGGUGGACAAAAAGAGAUGCGGCCAAGAAAGGAGCAAAAGGCUUAAGACUGAAGAUGCGGCUAGUGCUGCUGAUGCAGGGGAUGUUGAGAUCAAGUCUUUAGGUGAUACAGAACAAUGCUAUAAUACUUCCUUGAGGAGUUCUUGGCUUCAAAGGAAAUCUAAGGAUUCUGAGGUUGAUGUACGCAUCGUUGAUGAUGAAGUUACCAUCAAACUUGUUCAAAGAAAGAAGAUCAAUUGCUUGCUGUUUGUGUCCAGACUCCUUGAUGAGCUUCAGUUGGACCUCCUACAUGUUGCUGGUGGCAACAUUGGUGACUAUUACAGCUUUCUCUUCAACACCAAGAUAUACGAAGGCUCUUCGGUUUAUGCUUGUGCCAUAGCCAACAAGCUCAUCGAUGUCGUGGAUAAACAGUAUGCAGCUGCUCCACCAACUAGUAGUACUUCUCUCUAGUUUAGCAGUGAUAGAAGGGGUUUCAUUUUUUAUGUUUCUGUUUCAGUGGAAAUGAACAGCUUCGGUUGUUGAGUUAUCAAGCAUUUCUUUGAAUAGUACUGUUAAUCAAGGAUUCCAUGAUGCUACUUUAUUUUCAAGUUAUUGAUAUAUAGAUGCACUAGAUAUGGUUUUUUAUUUCGGUACAGUCUAACUGUUCAUUAUUGCUUUAGUUUUAUAUAUAUACCACCAGCAGGGGUUAGAAAUUAAGAGAAAGAAACAAAAACAAUUUGACAAGCUGUGAUCCUCCAUUGAUUUUCCUGGUGAUAGCAACCCACAGUUUUAGUGGUUAAAGAAAAAGGAGAAAUUUCUAUAGGAACAAUAUUCCAAAGUGAGUCGAUUCUUUCACUUUCAGUGGUGAAAUGGAUGUUGAGGAGUGAUGGGCCAUAUUUCUGAAUUUGCUGAAUGACUGAUUUUCACUUGACUUAGGUAGGUCUCUCUUCUCUUCUAAGGAUGUGAAUAUUCCACUCAUAAUAUAUGUAAUAUAUGUGUCGAAACACCUUUUUUGAAAGGUUGACUUUAUACUUUAAAAAUAGAAAUAAGAGUGGCCACCAAUCUUUUUUUUAUUUAGGUGUAACUAGAUCAUUUUGUAAUUCAAUUAUUUUAAUAAAAGUUUAAAUUUACUAAAA